AUGACCGAGCCCUGGAAAAUCUCACCCUGCAACGUCUCCGACGCCGCCGCCCUCGCGCGGAACAACAUGGCCGCGUUCUGGGAAGAUAGCGCAUGGGCCAUGCUGUGGCCGACAGAGAUUCAACUAGACUUUCUAAUCGAGCAGUCCACGCUGCGGCUGCCUCGCAACCUGCUACAAAAUCACCAGUGUCUCCGUCACCAAAAGGCCAUCGACCCUGUCACCGGUGCGGUCGUGGGAUACGCGCGCUGGAUACUCCCCGCGGACAGGGCGGUCGCUAUAGAUAACAGCGUGGUGUGGGCUGAGGCGCAGGUCCCAGGUGUCAGUCCGGACGAAGAAAGGCGGUUCCAAGAGCAGGCGAAAUCGGCGUGGUGGAGACCCAGAAGUGAUAUGGGUGCGAUGGACGACGAGAUUGAUGCGGUAAGGCGCAAAGUCUUUGCGGAGAAGGCAUUUAUGCAACUCGACUACUUGGCCGUUCAUCCCGAGAGGAAAGGGCAAGGAAUCGGUACGGCACUAGUCCAGAGCGGAAUCAGACUCGCGGAUCAGAUCGCACUUCCGGUCACUACCAUCGCUUUUGAGGCUGGUCGGGGGAUCUAUGCAAGGCUUGGAUUUAGGGAGGCUGACCGCGUGGUCCAGGAUCUGUCCCAGUUUGGCGGUGCCGGCAAGUAUGCGACAUAUUUCAUGGUUCGGGAUGUUGCUGCUCAUUGA